AAUGAAGAACAAGCUCUGGUACUUUGAGUUCGGCACCACUGAGACCAUAUCUGCCACCUGCAAGAAACUCAACGAAUGCAUAGAAGUGGAGUGCGACGGUAUCAUCUUGGACCUCAGCAACACCUCCUUGGAGGGCAUAGCUGUGCUCAACAUUCCCAGCAUGCACGGCGGCUCCAACCUGUGGGGCGAGUCGAAGAAGAGGAGGAACUACAGCCGCAUGAGCAAGAAAGUUCCCGACCGGAUGCCAGCCAGCACCGUCACGGACGCAAAAGAACUCAAAUUCUGCAUGCAAG